AUGUCGGAAGGGGAGGAUGUGCGAUUGCGUGCUCGUGAGUCUGGUGCUCAUGCACCAGGAACACCUGUGCCGGCCGGCCGCGGUUUGACGGGGCUUGCUCCGUCGACCGCCCCGCCAUCAGCCGGCACGUCUACGAUGACCCGACCCGGCGCGAGGGGAAGUAUUAGUACCCUCGCGUCGGAGAUGAAUAUGGACCAUGAUAUGGAUUUUACUCCGGACCUACCUGAGGACGACGAACCUGCCGAGACUCCUACAGCCUCGAGAGAAGCGAAAAACCACCGACGAGGGGACCGUAGCCAUUCUACAGACGGCCGCGAAGACCACGGCAGCACAGCCGCAGCGGACUUCCAGAUUCCGCCACGGAAGAAGCAGGCGCGGCAUCAACAGCUCAUAGUGGCCAGAGAACUUGAUGUAACUAACCGGUAUGAGCCCCUAAGAGGGACGGGAGUGUCACUAGACGCCGCAAAUGAUGAUUUAGUGGAGAAACAGCGACAGAGAGAUGAACAACAGCGGCGGCAAAACACGCCUGCAGAUCCCGAAAAUGACCAUGACAUGGAAGCAGAUGCUCCACCAGUACCACCUGUAGGACCCAAGAGGAUUCCGCCGAUAACUCUGCGGUACAAGGAAUCUUACAAGAAGCUGCACACGUGGCUCAAGACGAACUGUAAGGCGACAUUUACAGUGCGACAGACGGGCGGAGAGACGUUGAAACUGCUAUUAAACACAACUGAAGACUAUGUUAACGUCGUGGGAAAACUUGGGGAAGAAGGGAUUCCCAUGUACACGACGCCAGCGGUCCGGCCACCAACGAUAAAGACGCUGAUAAAGGGAAUACCGAUGACUGUGACACACGCAGAACUUAAAGAAGAGUUAGAAGAGUUGGGAUAUGUUGCUACAGUGAUCGAGAAUCACAAGAUGCCGGGAACUAAUCAACUCACUGGGCACCGUGUUGUGAUACUACCGGAUACGACCGAACAUCGCGGCAUCUUUCAACUCACUCGUAUCUACGAUCUUUCAGUGAAAGUUGAACGACUGAGAAGACCACGCGGACAUAUACAAUGUUACAGAUGCCAAGGAUUCAAUCAUGUUGCCCGCUAUUGCACCAUGCCACCAGUGUGCGUAAAAUGCGGCGCGGGACAUGACAGCCGUGAAUGUACGCGGUCACGAGAAGAGGCGCCGACGUGUGGGCUCUGUGGCGGGGCUCAUCCCGCUAAUUAUCGAACGUGCCCCAAGCACAAGGAGGCAAGUCGACGAUUUAGAGGACUACCACCGCUGAAGCCAUCUACGCGCCGGCAGCGACCGCCGCCGCCACCGCCGACCGUGGACCAGAGCAGCUGGCCCACGCCGAUGCAGCACCGCGCCAACAGGCUGCGCACAGAGCUCACGGCAGCGGAAGUUCUAAAACAGGGCCUCCAGCCGCGCGCGUCAACUUCAAUCCCGGCGUCACAGCGCCAAACUGUGCCGCCAAGUUAUGGACCACAGCCGGCAAACGCACGCAGACAGCCGUCACCACCACCGAGGACGGAACAGCCUGAUCUGCAGGUACUACUUGCGCAAAUCGCAUCUACCCUUGCAGAGGUGAGUAGAGCGCUUGUGCAGCUGCCACAAACCAUCGCCGUCACCAUUGAGGCGACGCUCAGCAGAACGCAAAUAGUAACUAAAGACGUGACCAUGCAGCAUGCCUAG